AUGGUGCAGACAAUAACGAUGAAUGAAGCAACGCUGGUGGAUGGAAUGUUUGUAGCCGAGGACUUGAGCUCUCUGGAUGGAGAGGCUAAUUGGUGGCAUCAAAGAGUGCGACUAGUUGAGCACUGGUUGCGCGAUGAAACGAGUCGAGUCAUCAUCCCUGACGACGGCACGGAAGAGAUGAUUCGGCGUCAUAUUCAACGCGGUGAUUCAUACCCUCGAGCGCAGUGCAAGUGCUGGAAGCAUAUUGUGAUGGAGCUUCGGGACCUCCCGUGCUUCGCCGGAAUAGUCGCUCAAACGAAAACCCACGAUAUCAUCCCUCGAGUCGGAUGUACUGCGAGCCCCAGUCGAGGGAAGUUGCGUCCAGGGAAAGACUUGAUUGUCCUCUCAGACGAGAAAAGCAUUGCAGACGACAAUAGCAACGCCAGCACUCAGGGUGAUGAUAUCGAGAGCAACAACGCGUCAUCGUCUUGGUCGUUAGAGCCGCUCAAUCCCGAAACUGAACCACCUCAAGUCGCCAAAAAGCCUCGACCUCUUUCAAGCACAGCAUACUUGUCGCGACGUGAGCUGGGUGUUGAUACAGUGACUGUCGAAUCUAUUGGCAAAAGUUUCUCUGGUAUGUCCUUACUCGAGCGUCAAAUGGAGUGGCUUCGUAAAAAGCACGAUAAAAUGGAGGCGGAGCGUCUUCGCCAGGCCGAGGAAAGCGAGCGAGAGCUGACAUUCCAACCGAAGCUCAUUCGACGAAUUACAUACUCUGGCGACAGGUAUUUCAGAGAUACCCCGGGCGUGCCUAAGACCUUUGCACGAAGUGAGAGCAGUCGACGAGUUGGAGAAACUGGAAAUGGGGGAGCACUUUUGAAGGAGAGGACGUUGCCAAAGGUGCCGCGACUCUCGCAUCACCGACGACCGAAGAAAAAGACCCCUUUGCAGAGUGCAGCGAUAUCGCAACCGGUUGGAGUAUCCUGCAAGCUUCUGGAUAGUAUGAAGUCCGAGUUGCAGGCGUCUUUGGCGACAACGCGAGCUUCAGAGACCGAGAUUGCCCCGGCAGAACGGAGCAAACCCCCAGUAGAUGCCCCCGCUUGGAGCGCGAAGCCGACAAUAGGAGGCAGGCGUGCGGACUUCGACUCGAGUGAGACCAAAGUACGGCUGACGCUGCAGGACGCAUCCAAAUUCGAGCUGAGCACGAUGUACCGCAAGACGGAUCGCCGAGCUGGUCGAGACGGCGUGGCGCUACACGUCGGUAGGAGAGAGGACACGCUGGAGGAGCAGGUGAUCGCUGUUCUCUUCGACCGAGAAAAGGUGACCGAGGAGGAGGCCGAGCGCUGGUGGGCGAACCACCAGCACCGGUUCGUCGAGUACAUGGAGCCCCAGCAGCCUCGAGAAGAAGAUGUAAUAGCCUCAGCAGCAGUAGUAUUACCAGCAUCUAGAGCAGCAACGCCAGGGAUCAAGUAG